AUGCCGCGGAUCCUUUCCCGCGGGGAGACUGCGCAUGCGCUUUCUAACCGGCUGCACGCUUCCUCCCCUCCGCAUGCGCGACUCGGAGGCACGGCUCCUCCCCCCAGCGCCUUCUUCGCUAUUGCGCAGGCGCGCUCCUUCUUCGGUGGUUUGCAAGCUGGCCGGGCGUUCAGUCGGUCAGACGGCGGCCUCGGAAUCAUGACGCGGUUUCUUCUCCUCUUGCUGCUGAAUUGGGAGGCCGGCCUCUCCUCUUCCUCCUGCCCUCUCGAGAGCUUCCAGUGCCAAGGGGGAGGCCAGGUGCCGUGGUGCCUAGGCUACGAGAGGCAGCCCAGCUGCCAAGAUGACACAAACGGGUGCCAGCAGCCGGGAAGCAUCUGCAGGAAUCACACCUGUCGGUGCGGUAACAGCAGUGGGCCCUGCCUGCCAUUUGAACGGUUUUGCGACCAGCACCAGGAUUGUCCAGAUGGUUCGGACGAGGCCAAGUCCCUUUGUGCGUCCCCGGUGGGCCUGCCCGAGGAGGAGGACGACGACUGCGAGAGCAACGAGUUCCGAUGCCACCCGGGGGCCGAGUGCUUCCCCCUGUCCUUCAAGUGCGACGGCCACCCGGACUGUGAAGACGGAGCCGACGAAGAGAGCUGCGGCACGGAUUGGCCAGAGACUCCAAGGACCCCACAAAUAACUCCCGAAGGCAGCCCUGCUCCCCCAGAAACUCCGGCAUUGGACCUCUUGACCAUCCUGGCCAUUGUUGCACUCCUGGUCACCGUUGUGGCCGCAGCAGGGAUCACCCUGUGGGUCUCCAGAAGGGGCAAGGGCCUCCUUGCCCAGCUGCCCCACAAAGCAGCUUUCAAGCAGCUCAUCCUAGCCGAGCACCUUUGAGAUCGGCCGGCCGGCCAGCCAGGAAGUUGCUCCUUGCUCCAUCCCCGGCCCUCCCAGGAACGAAAUCCUUGGGCCUGAAAGGCUGGCGGCCCGGCUGGGACUCCUUGCAGGAGCCGAGACACAGAAGCCACACGGCCUGCAGGCCGUCGACGGAAUCCACCUCCUAUGGGGGCAAAUUAAAAUGGACUGAAUCCUUCAAAUGCCUCUGGGUGUCUCUCGCGGCCUGCUUGGGCCUGUCCUUCCGCAGCAGCCCCAAGCCGCCAAAUGCCUCGCUCGGACCAGGCCCUCAGCUGGGCUCCUUCCAGCACAUGGAUCCCAGCUCCCUUUCUCGGGGGGGUGCUGCUGCUGGGGUGAGGGUGGGGGGUGACUAUUUUCUCCUGUUGGUGAUUCCCCUGCCCGGUGCCUCCAGGGGCCGUGGGGGCUCCGUCUGUGGGGGUCUUCAAGAAGUGGCCGGACUGCCGUCUGUCUGAAAUGCUGCGGGGGGGGGGGGGGUUCCUGCUUGGGCGGGGGGUUGGGCUAGAGGACCUCCAGGGUCCCUUCCGGCCCUGUUAAUUCUGUUAUUCUCAGCUUCUGGAGGUUUGGGAAGGGCUGACGGAUUCUCCUCCCAGGGCUUUUCCUGUUGUGCUGCCCGCUGCCUGGUGGUGGAGAUUGCCGCUUCCUUAAAUUGCGUGGUGGUUGAGAAGGUGAGCUGUUUUAGGGCAGAAAAGCCACACACACACAUUCCCCCCCCCCCCCCCGUCUUGUCCAGCUUGGGGGCCCUGCUUGUGCAGCCCUGGGGGUCUUGAGUGUGAGCAUUAAAAAUCAUUUCCCAACCUUUAUGGGCGCCUGGCUUCUUUUGUCCUCCUGGAAUCUCCCCACCCCACCCCUCCUUAAAGCGUCCCCUCCCC